UUUAUCCGCCUCAGAAGUCCAGUAGGAGGUAGCGCAGUGCUAUCUGGACGCCACGGGGAACCUGAAAGUAUGCAGAACUUGGGCAAGAACUGCAGGGUUUGCAUGGAGUGGCAAGAACAUUGCUACUGGAGCCACAUGGCCGAUGAGAAGAAGCAUUUCUUCAAGGUUGUGGCUGGGGACUUCACAGAAAGCAUGAGCAUACCUACUAGAUUUGCAAAUAAUUUCAACGGGCACAUCUCGGAUACUGUCAGUGUGAAGUCUCCUAGUGGCAAAACAUGGAGCAUUGGAGUAGGCAACGACACUGAUGAAGUAGUCCUCCGAUCCGGCUGGAAAGAGUUUGUCAGUGCUCACAGCAUAGAGGAAGGAGACUACCUGCUCUUCAAGUACACUGGAGUGUCCUCCUUUGAUGUCCUGAUCUUCGAUUCAAGCGGCUGCGAGAAAACAUCGGCACCUUUCGCCAACAGUCAUGGAUGUGAAAGAAUCGAGAGUUCUGCAGGGGUUGAAGGAGCGCGACACGGCCGCCACAGAUUCAACGGAGGUAAAGACUGCACGCCGCAAUCGCUACCGAGCGAUGAUGACAAUGCCCAUCUGGAGUUGGCACUUCACAAAAGCACCAGCAAGAGAAUCUCCAAAGCAUGUAAACGCAACCUAUACCAUGAUAUUGAGCAAGCUCAUUGUGAAGUUAAAGAUGAUGAAGAUGAUCUUGAGCUAGACGAGGGCAACGCUCCUGCCAAGACCGGGUACUACUUCUGCAAGAAUGGUCCGGUGAGCGAGUACCAUCUGACCGAGGAAGAGAGAGAAGAGAUAUCAACCAUCCGUGUCCCCGUCCAGUCGAGGAACCCGGUGUUCGUGCAGGUGAUGCACCCAAGCCAUGUCCGUGGCAAGAAAUCCGGUGUGGUAGGCAUUUCUUCAGAAUUUGCGACCAAGUACUUGGGAACAAUCCGAAGGGAAAUCAUCCUUCAGAAAACCAGCAGCAAGGAGAAGUGGCACGCCCGCUACAAUUCCAACAAGUUCAGCCGUGGCCUCUGCGGCCGUGGCUGGUGCAGCUUCGUCAACGACAAUGGCCUCCUCGACCAUGACAUCUGCCUCUUCGAGCUGAUCAAUGGCGCGAGGCGGCUGACGAUGACCGUGCACGUCCUGCGCAAGGUGCGUGGCCGCUUCGUCCUGCUGCGCUGAGCUCUUGGCUCCUGCGCUCCUGCUUGAACUCAAGUGUGUUUCUGUGUCUGGUCACUGUGUUAGGAAACUGUAACGUUGCAGGAAGUCUUCAUCUUUCCUAGUCGCGUCAGUAAGUUCUCACUCUGUGUUUGAUUUCGAUGGAGAUCUAUCAACUGUUGUGUUUGA